GAUUCGAUAUAAAGCUUUCUUACUGUGUGGGUUGCGUAUAUUGGGUACAAAUGGGGUCGGAUGGUUGUUCAACAACGUAUGCGUUUAUUGUGCUAAUGUAAUGAUGUUUCAUUGUCCAAAACACAAACCUGUGGCAUGGUAUUUGUGAAGAAAUGGAAUAAAAAUUUUCUUCAAACAUUUGUUCUGGCGUGCAUCUCGAUUAAAAGCCAAACCACAGGACUUCAACUAUGAUUUAGGCAAGAAGAACAAAGCCCUAUUUUUCCAAUUACUUCGACUGGUCUUCCACUACCUUCCAGGCCAUUUGUUGUCAAGGUUUGCGUUGGAAAAAUGGACAAAAUUUGACGAUUUUACCUUUACCUUUACACGCACUGACAAAACUACGCAUGCAGCAUCAAUCACAUUAACCCAUGAGUCAGCAGAAAAAAUUUGACAGUUCUUUUAGUCGAACUCUAACCGUGAUGGCGAAAACAGUGAAACUACUUUUUUCAGAAGUGUGCGCGUUCAAAGAACGGUACCCCGUAGCGUCGAAAAGGGACAUCGUGCGGCAGUUUAUGGACACCAGCUCAAAUUACCCUUCGUCCGCCCCUGGACAUACAUGUCAGGAAGCAGCAGCCUCGUCUACUAGUCUCGGAGCUGCAGGCAAUGACGCAGCGGCAGCGCCUGAAUAAGAUGGUUUGCCCGGCAAAUCACGACGUGGUGGUGAUGAUGAACACCGAGACCUGUCUCACCUUGCAUGGUAACCACUGGCAAGGCACUUCGUAUUUUACCUCCCCCACGAAGGAAGUGGGCACCGAGGUGAAGUUUAUUCCACACACCAAGUUCCUCAAGAAAAUGCUACUGUGGCUGACAAUCAGCGAGAAAGGGAUGUCAAAGUUUGCUCUUCUUUCGCUCCGGACUAGCGUGAGCGGGGAAAUUUAUAGUACGAAGUGCCUGCCGGAAGUUGCGUCGUUCAUCAAGAAACACCAGAAGACCGAAGACGCGGUGUUUUGGCCGGAUUUGGCGUCGGCCCACUACUCGAAGCGAUCGUUGGAGGGGGUGGAGCAGCUGAAUACCGAUGUGGUACCGAAGUUGGCGAACCCACCAAACGUCCCCAAGUUGCGUCCCAUCGAGGAUUUUUGGCCAAGCCUGAAGCGCAAGAUCUACUCCAACAAUAUUGUCGCGAAAACUAACGAAAGAAUUAAAAAAACAACAUGCCUACACGCAUGUUUUCGUCUACCGUGGCAAAUGUUCCACACACCCCUGUCGGUAUUUAACAACAUUUACUGCACGGGAGGGCCGUGAGGUGACAAUCAACAACACACACACGGCAGAGUUGUCAUCAUCACCAGUGCAUCAUCGAGGUCAAUAUCCGAAAGCUAA